AUGGAGUGUAGAAACUCUACCGUAACUGCAAAUUUUGUUCCAGAUGAGUCCGCUUCGAUUGAAAAUAGCAACAAAUCGAGUGUGAAGAGUGUUUAUUGGCAAUACUUUAGUCGAUUUCAAGAGGGAAAAGACUGGAAGACAAAAUGCAACCAUUGCAAAUCUAUUCUUGGAUCCAAUCCAAGAAAUGGAACUACAAAUUUGAAGAAUCAUGUGCUCCACUAUUGUAAAAGGAUCAAAUUAGCAAACUCUAGGCAAUCAACAAUUGCUGAUUCAUUGUCUAAACAUGCAAGGAGUGCUGCAGAUGCUUUUGUAUUUGAUCCAUCUUAUACAAGAAGGUGUAUUGCCAAGGCCAUAUGUAUGCAUGAGUAUCCUUUAUCUUUUGUGGAACAUGUUGGAAUGAAGGAAGUAUAUGCAUCAAUGCAACCAACUUUUAAAGUGCCUAGUCGAAACACAAUCAAGAAGGACAUUUUUGAAAUGUAUGAGUUGGAGAAGCUUAACAUGACUAAGAUAAUGGAUGGAAAUGAUAGUCGAGUAGCAGUUACAACUGACAUGUGGACUUCCAACCAAGAAAAAGGAUACAUGGUUGUUACGGCACACUACAUUGAUAGUUCAUGAAUUUUGCAAAUGCGCGUAUUAAGUUUUACUUAUGUUCCCGCUCCUCAUACGAGUGAAGUGCUCUCGAAUGCAUUAAUGAAAGUUUUGUUAGAGUGCAACAUAGAUAGAAAAUUGUCAACUAUUACAUUGGAUAAUUACUCUACUAAUGAUGCUAUGGUUGAUGAGUUGUUGGGGCACUUAGAUUCAAAAUAUUUGUUGUUGGGGGUUCUAUGUUGCAUAUGCGUUGUUGUGCUCAUAUCUUAAACCUAAUUGUGAAAGAUGGUCUAAAUUUGGUUAAGGAAAGUGUGGAAAAAAUUAGUGGUAGUAUGGUGUAUUGGACUUCAACCCCCAAAAGACAUGAAACCUUUGUGAGUUGGUGUAGUAAGUCAAAUGUUCAAUUUACAAAAAAAUUAGCUCUUGAUUGUCCAACUAGAUGGAACUCCACUUAUGUGAUGUUAGAGACUGCAUGGUUAUAUCGAAAUAU